AUGCUGGACUUGAACGAAAUCCCAUGUGACCUAGAUGAUGAGUUUAGAGGAUGUGUUGAACCAGCCUAUUGCACCCCAGCUAUCCCGAUUGCUGUGCAUGAGGAAGUGGGAGAGUCUCCUGCGACUAUUCGCAUUGCUGAUAACGAACCCUUGAUCGGGGCGCCUAUCGCUGGAGACAGUACUGCAGUUGCUGAUGACACCAAUGUAGUUGCUGAAGACAAUGUGGGAGUUGCUGAAGAAACUACUGGAGUUGCUUGUGAUGCUCCUGACAACAUUGAGCAAGAGAUUGAAUGCUCCUCUCAGCCACAAGAGCCGUUCUUGGGCAUGCGGUUUGACACCCUGGCCGGUGCCAAGGCGCAUUACAAUGCUUAUGCGCGUGUGAUGGGUUUUUCUAUCAAAUCAAACACAUCAAGGCGGUCGGCGUACACAAAUCUGGUGGAGAAGCAGCAGUUUGUUUGCAACAGAUUUAGAAAGCCCAAACCUGUGGACGAUGCUGCUGGCAAAUCAUAUAAUCCCACCGGCAACUCAUCUAGGGCACGUCGCGAUGAGAGUUCUAGUGAUGAGGAACAUGUGGAUGCGCCUAAUGAGGAUCCGUUGCUGGUUAGGAAGGUGGUGAAAAAAAGGAGACGAGAGUCGAUCAAGCAAACGGGAUGCAAAGCGAAGAUGACGGUGAAACUAAUUGAUGGAAGGUGGGAGGUCAUAUUUUUUGUGGCGGAUCACAACCAUGAGUUGAUAACCAAGCCCUCCCUCACAAAAUACCUGCUGUCACACAAGAAUAUAUCGCUCGAAGAAGAGACGUUCCUGAGAAUAUUGGACGACUGCAAUCUUGAGACAGGUCAGAUGAUGACGCUCAUGUCCACGUUCUAUGCAAAUGGGUUUAUUGUGCCGUAUACCACAAAAACAAUCAGCAACUUCCGCUCGAAGAUCAGGUCUGAGAGGAAGGGUGAUGACAUGGCUGAAACGGUGUCAUACUUCAUGGCGAAACAGAAAGAGGACCCAUCCUUCUACUUCAAUGUGAAACUGGAUGAGGACGAGAGGGUGGAGUUGCUGUUUUGGGUUGAUGGCGUAGCGAGGAAAGCAUAUAAAGAGUCUUACCACGAUUGCAUAUCGUUUUACACCACCUACCUCACGAACCAAUACAACAUGCCUUUUGCCCCCUUCAUUGGCAUCAACCGGCACGGGCAAUCCUUCAUGUUGGGUUGCGGAUUCAUGAGGGAUGAGACGGCUUCGAGCUUUGAUUGGCUGUUUCAGCAAUAUCUGGAUGCAAUGGGUGGGCAAGCUCCCCUGAAUAUAAUAACUGAUCAGGACUAUGCUAUGAGGGCCUCGAUUGCAAACGUGUUCCCAAACACCGUCCAUCGCAAUUGUCGAUGGCAUAUCAUGAAGAAGGCACAGGAGAAGCUCGGGUCUUUUUUGGGUAGGAGGCCUGCUGUGUCGCAAGACUACAAUGAGUGUGUUGAUAUGAGUAUGACUCCAGAUGAGUUUGAGCAGAAAUGGGCAGCUUUUCUUGCGAAGCACCAGCUAGAGGAGCAUGCUGACUUUGCGCACCUCUACAACAUAAGGAGGACAUGGGUGCCGUGUUACUUUCGGGAUUGCUUCUUCCCCUUCCUCAAAUCCACACAGCGAAGCGAGGGGUUCAAUGCUGUUCUCAAGCGCUAUGUGAAUCCUCAUAACUCGAUCCUCAACUUUGUGAAGCAAUAUGAGAAGAUCCAGGUUAAGAUCCUCGUGAAGGAAGGGGGCAACAACUACAUGACAAAUCAUCUAACGCAAGCUACCUGGUCAUCCUACCCCAUUGAGAAGCAGGCGUUCACAACUUACACCAUGACAUCUAUGUGA